AACCCCAACCAGGUGUGGUGGAGUACACCUGCAACCCCAGCUCUUAGGAGGUUGGGCAGAUGGAUAAAAAGGUGCAGACCAGCCUGGACUACAUAGAGAGAGCCUGUCUGAAAAGAGGAUGAGUGUGCCCCCCACCUGAAGAGGACAAGUUGGGUCCCAAGCCAUGUCCCUGAGCUGAGUGCCUGCCCAGCCUGAGGAGCCCCCAUGGCACCUCCUCUCCCCAUGGAGAAAGGAUUCACUUUGCCCCAGGAUUUUGUACACAGCCUGAAGAUUCGGGGCAAAUACGCCCUGUUCCUGGCAUUUGUGGUCGUAGUUUUUGUCUUCAUUGAAAAGGAAAAUAAAAUCAUAUCCAGGGUCUCGGACAAGCUGAAGCAGAUCCCUCCGUUUGUGGCAGAUGCCAACAGCACCGACCCAGCCUUGCUCUUAUCAGAAAAUGCAUCUCUCUUGUCCCUGAGCGAGUUGGAUUCCACCUUCUCCGAGCUGCAGAGCCGCCUGCGCAACCUCAGCCUGCAGCUGGGCGUGGAGCCAGUGAUGGAGGCCCAAGGGCAGGAGGCUGCAGCAGAGAAGCCAUCCCAGCAGGCUGGAGCAGGACACCGGCGCCACGUGCUCCUCAUGGCCACCACCCGCACAGGCUCCUCGUUCGUGGGCGAGUUCUUCAAUCAGCAGGGUAACAUCUUCUACCUCUUCGAGCCACUGUGGCACAUCGAGCGUACCGUGUUCUUCCAGCAGGGGGGCGCCAGCGCUGCGGGCUCAGCGCUGGUCUACCGUGAUGUCCUCAAGCAGCUGUUGCUGUGUGACCUGUAUGUGCUGGAGCCCUUCAUCAACCCGCCGCCCGAGGACCACUUGACUCAGUUCCUGUUCCGCCGGGGAUCCAGCCGCUCGCUCUGCGAGGAUCCAGUGUGCACGCCCUUCGUCAAGAAGGUCUUCGAGAAGUACCACUGCAGGAACCGUCGCUGCGGGCCACUCAAUGUGACCUUGGCAGCCGAGGCCUGCCGGCGUAAGGACCACAUGGCCCUCAAGGCCGUGCGCAUCCGGCAGCUGGAGUUCCUGCAACCGCUGGCCGAGGACCCGAGGCUGGACUUGCGAGUCAUCCAGCUAGUGCGCGACCCUCGGGCCGUGCUAGCCUCACGCAUAGUGGCCUUCGCGGGCAAGUACGAGAGCUGGAAGAAGUGGCUGGCAGAGGGGCAGGACCGGCUGAGCGAGGAUGAAGUGCAGCGGUUGCGGGGCAACUGUGAGAGCAUCCGCCUGUCUGCAGAGCUGGGCUUGCAGCAGCCAGCCUGGCUGCGUGGUCGCUACAUGCUGGUUCGCUACGAGGAUGUGGCGCGCAGGCCGCUGCAAAAGGCCAGAGAGAUGUACAGCUUCGCGGGCAUCCCCCUGACUCCACAGGUGGAGGACUGGAUCCAGAAGAACACACAAGCGGCCCGCGACAGCAGCGACGUCUAUUCCACCCAGAAGAACUCCUCGGAGCAGUUUGAGAAGUGGCGCUUCAGCAUGCCCUUCAAGCUGGCACAGGUGGUGCAGGCUGCCUGCGGCCCGGCCAUGCGCCUCUUCGGCUACAAGCUGGCCAGGGAUGCCGCCUCGCUCACCAACCGCUCCAUCAGCCUGCUGGAGGAGCGGGGCACCUUCUGGGUCACGUAGUGGGGAUGCACGGGGACCCUGGGAAUCCCUUCUUGUGAAAUGCUGGCCCUGCUUCCCUCACACCCAGCCUGGCAAUGAGACACAGCCCUGGCAGAGAGUCAAGAUGGGGAGCAGUGAUGGGAACAUAGGCCCUGGCUGUAGCUGUAGGCCUCUGGCCAGGUAGUUUCCCCAGCACAGCCACAGCUAGGACCUUGGGGGCCCCUCCGAGAACAGCAAUACCCUGUCUCUUUGGUGGUACUGGUCAUUCCCACACACAUUAUGACCUACAGUGUCCCAAGUAGGCCCAGGCAGGUUCUUGUGUAUGGAUGGGCAUACUUCCCCAGCUCUGUCUCACACUGUCACAGAAACAUAUAUGAAACACACAAAGGCCUGUAGGCUGUGUGGGCCAGAGUCCAACUAUUUAACAACCAGAAGGGCGUCGGCCCUCUCCAGUCACUCAGAUCUCCUACUAUAUUGAGUGAGUGUUAACCUUUUCCUCUCUGAGUCAGAAAAGCCUGGGGAUCUGACGGAGUCCUUGGCAGGAGGAGGGCAGCCUGGGAUGAGGAAGGGGACAUUUGAAAGCUCCUGCGGGAACAACAGCUGUUUACCAACUCAUAGAAAAUGGUCUGAUUUAGCCUUUCUGGUUCCUCAUGGAUAUCAGCUUGUGUAGAACAAGACACAGAAAAUGCACAUAGAGACCAUGCAAGGCUCGGGGUGUGGCUCAGUGGUAAAGCCCUUGCAGAGCUCUCUCAUGAACAGGGCCCUGGGUUUGAUCCCAGAACUGCAAAAAAUAAGGAAAAAUAAGACAUACAUGUGUGUAUAGCGUUGAGAGAGAUAGAAAAGCAUCUUAAACUCUCUCUCUCUCUCUCUCUCUCUCUCUCUCUCUCUCACA